AUUAUCGGCAUUCGUUCUGAAUUUGAGGUGUCUUGUCGUAUUCGCGGAGAAUAAUCAAUAAUUUGCAGUUCCUUCUCAAUUUCUUGAAAUUGUAUUAAGCCAAUACUUUUCAAGAACAUACCCUACAAUGGCAUUGGAAUUAUAGAAUUUUCUUCUACGUAGCCAUUAUUUCCUCAUUAUUAGUAGCUGUCAAAAAGUAGGAAUUCACCUCGUAUCCUUGGUGACUACCUUAGCAACCAAUACAACAACAUAGCAACAUUAGGGUUGGAAUAUUAGAAUUUUCUGAUCUAUUAAGAUACUUCAAAUAUAACUUCCUUUUCGGAUGAUAAUGUGAUUAUGACAACAUAUUCAUGGAAUACAAGAAAUAGGGGUUUCAAAUUAGGGGUGGAAGUUUGAAUUGAUCUCUCCCCUUUUUCGAACGAUCAAAGAGAUGAUUGGAUAAUUACCUGGCACAUUUGUGGAAUAUGCUUCUUUUGAAGAUUACCUAAACGGAAGGAGAUCUGAGAUAGCCUUGGAGACGAGUCAUGGCAACAGCAGCUCGUUUCACAGCUGGAGGAGGCAGCAGCCCUCCCACCCCAGCUCCAGCGACUACUCCUCCGGUCCAGCCCCAGACCACCCAGCUAAUCGUGCUGCCUGCCAGUUUGCAUCAGGCUGGUGCCACUGGUACUAUAGUGAAUGGUGUACCGGUUAUUGAUGUGUCUGCCUUAGAACAAGCAGCAGAAUCAAGCAACGAAAGCACUGCAACUGGUGAACAUCAAGGUGAAUCUCACGAAACGGACCCCAUUGGGCAAAGCUCACCGCAUUUUAUAACUGUAACAGUUGCAGAGGGAGACGCGGUGGCCUCUCAUCAGGGUUACCAUAUCCAGUAUGUGGAGCCGGAGAUAUACGCCACGCAGACCAACGGCGGCCAGGCACAAAUGUUGUAUUCCAGGGCGUAUCCGGUUUAUACCGUAGGAGAAUCCGGGACGUUGUAUUCGGCAGGUCAGAACCAGUACUACGCGGCUACGAACACGGCUACGGCGGCUCCAACGGCCACGGUGGGCUACACGACUGGCGGACAUUACGUCGUGCAGCAGACCGUAGACGCAGAGAGCCUCAUAGCCUCGAGAAACUCGCCCCAAACCAGCGGAGCGGAAACUACUUAUGUGGCAACAGCCACUGUGCAUGCUUCUCAGUCUUCAAAUCAAGUAUCUACUGAGGACAUUGGAUCAGGUAUUGGGCAUGCUACCAGAGUUUCUCCAGCUACAGUGCAAUGGUUGCUCGAAAAUUACGAGACGGCAGAAGGAGUUUCGUUGCCCAGGUCGACUUUAUACGCUCAUUAUCUCCGACACUGCGGCGAUCACAAACUGGAGCCAGUCAACGCUGCCUCUUUCGGAAAGUUGAUACGUUCCGUGUUCUUGGGUCUGCGUACUCGAAGACUGGGGACGAGGGGAAAUUCGAAGUAUCACUACUACGGCAUACGGGUGAAACCUGGUUCGUCUCUGGUGAACGUCGACGAUUCCGGGAAUCGCAUUCCCGUACCGUCGACGUCCGCUGGAAAGCCCCAGACUACGAUAAGACCUUUCAAGAGGAGCGGCGAGUCCACCGAGGCUACCGUUUCGUUGAUGCUCUCCCAGCAUAUAGCCUAUCUCGGCGACGGAAGCAACGCCAUACCGGCCUUUCCCGAUAUGAUCUUCAACGAACAGCUUCCGGACGAAUGCAGCUUCGACGACGUGGACACGCUCAAGUCUAUUUAUCGUGAGCAUUUAGAAGCCUUUCUAGAUGCCGUGUUGAGUUUGGAAUUCACCACUGUAGAGUCUCUCUGGAGGGAAUUCUGGAGAUCCCAAUACAACAACAACGGCGACGAAUGCGAGGAAGAGAAAUAUCUAUCAAAAUCGAAACUGUUCAGUCUGUGCUCGAUGGAACCGGUGCAGAACUUCAUGAAGCAGGUGGAUCUCAUGUUCUACCAAAAUCUGAUCCAGGUCCUCGUCCCGGACGUCCUCAAGCCGAUCCCGGCCACUCUGACCCAGUCCAUCAGGAAUUUCGCCAAAAACCUGGAGAACUGGCUGACGAGCGCGAUGAGCGGCGCGCCGCCCACGAUGCUGACGGUGAAGCUUUCCGCCGUGUCGGCGUUCAGUUCCAGCCUACGCCGUUACACGUCGCUCAACCAUCUGGCCCAGGCCGCCAGGGCCGUACUGCACAACACCACCCAGAUCUCGCAGAUGCUGGCCGAUCUCAACAGGGUGGACUUCAACAGCGUCCGGGAGCAGGCCUCCUGGGUGUGCCAGUGCGAGAACGACAUCCUCGGCAGAUUCGAGAGCGAUUUCAAACUGACGCUGCAGCAGCAGAAUUCGCUGGAGCAGUGGGCGUCUUGGCUCAAGGUCGUCGUGAAGAAGGCCCUCAAGCCGUACGAGGGGAAACCUUCGUUUUCGAAGGCCGCCAGGCAGUUUCUGUUGAAAUGGAGUUUUUACAGCUCAAUGGUAAUUAGGGAUCUCACCCUCAGGUCUGCAGCAAGUUUCGGUUCUUUCCAUCUUAUCCGCUUACUCUACGACGAAUACAUGUUUUAUCUGAUAGAACAUCAGGUGGCAGAAGCUACAGGCUGCGUUCCUAUAGCUGUGAUUAGCGAAGGGAUAAAGCAGGAUAUCAUGCAGAACAACAUGAGUAUGUUCCCGGGCGACGGAAUGUGCAAUGGGAUGGUCAACACGAAACUGGGAUGCCAAAGUCCGUCAGACUCCAAGAGGCAGAAAAUUAGCUAGCUUCCGAAAGAAGCGGGUUUUAUCGUCGCAAUACAGUGAUGAGUGUGUACGUUAGUCAUUCUUGUUUGAAAUUAGUAAGUUUAUUAUUUUGGGAAACGGUUCUCUUCUCGUAUUGUUCAGUUACGUCCAUUCCACUUUGUUUUAAAUAGUUUCUUAAUUAAUUGUGCAAUUAAUUGAUAAUUCACAGCGUUAAUUAUUUGUAUGACAAAUAACUGAGUAUACUAUAAGAUGUGAGUGUAUAUAAUAUUGGGUAACAAAUUAAUUAUUUAUGCUAUCACUAUUAUCUAAUUGGAAAUGGAUAUUUAUAUCGGGUUCAAAUUACGAAAAUAUCCAUUUUCUCGCAAUCAAUAUCUCCAGAAUUUCUGCUCGAUUUGACGUGUGUUCGUUUUGUAUUUUUUCUUUUUUUUGAUUAUAGAUUUUAAUUAAUGAAUAUAAUGAAGUUUGAAGUAUUUAUUGGGACAAGAGUGGAAGUUCUGGGGAUUGGUGACUGAGUUUUGUUGUGAUUCAUCUAAUUUAUUGUUUUUUCAAUAUAUGUUAUUGAUGUUA